AUGCUGACAAAGCCAGCACACUUUCUAACCUUACUUCCACUACUGGGGAGCCUCUUUGGUGUUGUUUCUGGCGUAGCUGAACAAUUGCAGCCCCGCGUAUAUGGUGGAGAACUGACCACAAACAGACAAAUGGGCGGCUUCAUGGUGCAGAUAAUAUUCGAUAACGAACUCAUUUGUACAGGCAGUGUGAUCAGCCAAUGGCACAUUGUGACCGCGGCCCACUGUUUUGAGGAUCUGGAUGUGGAAAAAAUUUUCAUAAACGCUGGCGACUCAACCAAAAAGGUCGAAACUUUCGGUUUAUCGAAAAUUGGCAUUGAAAAACUAUGGAUACAUCCGACCUACAAUAAGCUAAAAUUUAUUGGAGACAUUGCUGGUAUUCAAACGAAUCGGGCGUUGAAGGGCGACGAAAUAGGCAUCCUGCCGUUCUGCAAGAAGCCUUUACGUGCCGGAGAUGUCGUGACUGUAGCCGGCUUUGGACGCCAUAAGGACCCCGGCAAUUUUAGGAAAAAUUUUACUUCAGCACAGCUGCGCUACAUAAAAGUGCCAAUUAUAGCGAAGGGCGAGUGCAAUGAAAAAUUGCGACGCAAACUGCCAAAUAAUGUUCUCUGUGCCACGGCCUAUGACAAUAGAACCACUUGCAUGGGUGAUUCAGGCGGACCAUUGAUCUUUGACAACCAACUCUGUGGCAUCGCCACAUGGACCUCAAAAUGUGGUGAAGGCGUAAGACCAGAUAUUUUUAUGAAAAUUUGGUUCUACAGAAAUUUUUUAAAUAAUAUUAUUAAGCAAAAGGUUUGAGAAAAACUCAAGUAUAACAUCUAAAAUGUUUUAAAACGAAUUUCUAUAUCUAUUAUGUUAACAAUACUAUUCCCAUUGAUGAAUCUUUAACUACCACCCAAUAUUAUAUAUAAAAUAAAAAAAUAUUCUGCAUGAGAACCUUGUUUAGAUGUUAUGCUUUCGAAUAUUUAAAAUUUAAUAGUUCAUCUUUAACUAGCAAUAUAUCAAAAACAUUAUGCCUUUGAAA